GAAUGCAUCAGACAAACGGUGCUCUUGCCCAGCGUUUCUCAGGAGGGAGGACAGUUGGAGAGGCUUUGCUGCUAAGGAAAUUUAUUAAUAUAUUGCUGGUCUGAGGGGGGAAAAAUUAAUAACCACAGAAGCAAACCAAGGGAGCAUCCAUAAAGACCAAUGGUGGGAAGAGAGACAUUAACUUCAUUUACUUAAGUCAGUAGCUGACAGGCAGAGAAACGCUCUGUAAAGAUGGCAGAAGAAGAGGAAUAUGAGGAAGUUGUGGAGUACUACAUUGAAGAGGAGGUCGAAGAGGGGGAACCGGCGGAGACUUAUACUGAGUACACCGAGACAUCAUACAGCACCGGAUCAACCCAAUAUUCUACAGUAACCACAAAGCAUACUUCGGGGACAACCCAGAAAGGGACAUCUUCAGCUCCAGUCAGAAAAAAGGUUGUACGGACAAAAGUAGACACAUCUAAGUUUUUGACACCAUACCUGGAACAUAGUUCAAAAAUGCAAAAACUCUUCAGUGAUCUAAAGUACAAAGAGAAAUUUAAGAAGGAGAGAGGAAAGCCAUAUGCAAUCACCACAGAUACCCCUGAACUUCGAAGAAUCAAGAAAGCCCAAGACCAGCUCAGUGAAGUUAAAUAUCGCAUGGCUGGUGACUUGGCUAAAACAAACUGUCACGUUGAUGAAAAGGCAAGAGACAUAGAACAUGCAAAAAAGGUGUCUCAGCAAGUCAGCAAGGUGUUAUACAAACAAAAUUGGGAAGAGAAUAAAGAAAAGUAUCUGCUUCCUCCUGAUGCUCCAGAGUUUGUGCAGGCAAUAAAAAAUACAGCCUUGUUCAGUAAGAAACCAUACACUGAAGACUGGGAAUCAGACAAAACAAUGUUCUAUCCUUAUGAUGACAGCCCAGAAUUAAGGAGAGUUGCCCAGGCCCAAAAGGCCCUCAGUGAUAUUGUCUACAAAAAAGGGCAUGAUGAACGCAAAGCUAAAUACACUUCUCUGCCAGACCCACCUGAUGUGGAACUUGCCAAGAAAGUAACCAGACAGCUCAGUGAUCUUAAAUAUCAUGAAGACUAUGAGAAGAAGAUGAGAGGCAAGUGGAGUCAAACUCCUUGCUAUGACGUUGCAGUUGCUAAAAUGAACGCCGACAACCUCAGCUCGAGGAAAUACCAAGAAGACUGGGAGAAUAAGAAAGACCAAAUCUACUUUAUGCAAACAGAAACCCCAGAAUAUUCAGUUAAUAAACGGGCUGGGAUAAGUGCGAGUAAGGUGAAAUACAGAGAAGAUUAUGAAAAAUCAAAAGCUUCUACUGAUUAUAAUGUGCUUCCAGCUACAGAGAACCCACUACUCAGGCAUCUAAAAGCUGUUGGAAAUAUUGUGAAUGAUAGAUUAUACAAAGAAGCAUAUGAAAAAGCAAAAGGAACAAGUAUUAACUACUGUGAUACUCCAAAGUAUCAAAUUGACAGCGUUUUGAAAAACUUUGGUGAUAUUAAAUACAAAGAGGCAUAUCAGAACAAUAUCUUGGGCCGGUAUGUAGGCACUUACGAGGACCCAUAUCAAGUCCACUGCAUGAAAAUUGAAGCCAUGAAGAGUGAUAAAAACUACAAAGCAGACUACGAAGAAGAAAAGACAAAAUGCUACUUCCCACAGACCAUAACUCAAGAAUAUGAAACAAUGAAGAAGUUAGACCAGUGCAAAGAUUAUACAUACAAAAAGCAUCCUGAUCAGAUCAAAUUCACACAAGUGACUGAUUCUCCUGUUCUGGUGCAAGCACAGAUUAAUUCCAAGCAGCUGAGUGAUUUGAACUACAAAGCCAAACAUGAGAGUGAGAAGUUCAAAUGUUCUAUACCACCAGAUGCUCCAUUUUUCCUUCAAUCUCAAGUCAAUGCAUAUAACCUCAGCGACAACUGGUAUAAAUAUGACUGGGAGCGAUCCAAAGCUAAGAAGUUUGAAAUCAAGUUUGAUGCCAUUCCAAUUCUUGCUGCUAAAGCCAACCGAAAAAUUGCAAGUGAUGUGGAGUACAAGAAAGAUUAUGAAAAGAGCAAAGGGAAGCUAGUUGGAGCUUUGAGCAUCCAUGAUGAUCCCAAGAUGCUACAUUCUGUCAAAGUGGCCAAACAGCAAAGUGAUCGAUUAUAUAAAGAAGCCUAUGAAAAAGGAAAAGAUAUCAGUAUUAACUACUGUGAUACCCCGAAGUAUCAAGUUGACCACGUUCUGAAAAACUUUAGUGAGAUUAAAUAUAAAGAGGCAUAUCAGAACAAUAUCUUGGGCCGUUACAUAGGCAGCUACGAAGACCCAUUUCAAACCCACUGUAUGAAAGUUGAAGCCAUGAAAAGCGAUAAAAACUACAAAGCAGACUAUGAAGAAGACAAGACAAAAUGCUACUUCCCACAGACCAUAACUCAAGAGUAUGAAGCUUGGAAGAAGCUUGACCUCUGCAAAGAUUAUACGUACAAAAAGCAUCCUGAUCAGACCAAAUUCACACAAGUGACUGAUUCUCCUGUUCUGGUGCAAGCACAGAUUAAUUCCAAGCAGCUGAGUGAUCUGAACUAUAAAGCCAAACACGAGAGUGAGAAAUUCAAAUGUUUCGUACCACCAGAUGCUCCAUUGUUCCUUCAGUCUCGAGUUAAUGCAUAUAACCUCAGUGAUAAUUGGUAUAAAUAUGACUGGGAACAAUCGAAAGCUAAGAAAUUUGAAAUCAAGGUUGAUGCCAUUCCAAUUAUUGCUGCUAAAGCCAACCGAAAGAUUGCAAGUGAUGUGGAGUACAAGAAAGUUUAUGAAAAGAGCAAAGGGAAACUAAUUGGAGCUUUGAGCAUCCAUGAUGAUCCCAAGAUGCUACAUUCUGCGAAAGUGGCCAAACAACAGAGUGAUCGUGAAUACAAGAAAGGUUAUGAAGAGUCGAAGACCAAGUACACUGCACCGCUGGACAUGAUCCCAGUCGUGCAAGCAAAGAAGACACAGGCUAUCGCCUCCAAUGCAGACUACAAGCAUCUCAUUCACAACUACUCUUACCCUCCUGAUAGUAUUAAUGUGGAACAUGCCAAGAAGUCUUAUGCAAUACAAAGUGAUAAUGAAUAUAAAGCUGACUAUAACAGUUGGAUGAAAGGCUGUGGCUGGGUGCCAUUUGGGUCCAUGGAUGUAGAAAAAGCUAAAAGAGCGUCAGAUAUUAUCAGCGAGAGGAAAUACCGACAACACCCAGACACUCUUAAGUUUACAUCAAUUGAAGAUGAGCCUGUUGUAGUACAGGCUAAAAUCAACCAAGCCCAAAGAAGUGAUGUCCUUUAUAAAGCCAAAAACGAAGAUGUAAUUCACAAAUACCACCUCCCAGCAGAUGCACCUCAGUUUAUUCAAGCAAAGGUUAAUUCCUACAAUAUUAGUGAUACCUAUUACAAACUGAGCUUGGAAGACCUGAAAACAAAAGGAUAUGAUCUGAGAUAUGAUGCUAUUCCCAUCCAAGCUGCCAAGGCUGCUAGACAUGCUGCUAGUGAUUUCCAGUACAAAAAAGCCUAUGAAAAAUCCAAGGGCAAACUAAUUGGAUUCCAGAGCCUUCAAGAUGAUCCCAAAAUGGUCCAUUAUGUGAAUGUCGCCAAGAUGCAGUCAGAGCGGGAGUACAAGAAAGAUUAUGAGAAAAGUAAAACCAAGUACAACACUCCACUGGAUAUGGUCAAUGUUGUGGCUGCCAAGAAGUCCCAAGAAAUUGCCAGUAACAUCGGUUACAAGCAUCUGGUGCACCAUUACACUUUCUUGCCUGAUGCAAUGAGUGUGGAAUUGUCCAAAAACAGGAUGCAGAUACAGAGUGACAAUCUUUACAAGUCAGAUUUCAACAGCUGGAUGAAAGGCAUUGGGUGGAUUCCUAUUGGAUCACUGGAUGUAGAGAAAGCUAGAAAGGCUGGAGAGGCUUUGAACGAAAAAAAUUACCGGCAGCACCCGGACACGAUCAAAUUUACCAGUGUGACAGAUUCCCCUGUCAUGGUCCAGGCCAAGCAGAACGCACUUCAGCUAAGUGAUAGGCUGUACAAAUCUUCUGGAGAAGAAGUCAAGCAUAAAUACAACUUGCCUGCAGAUGCUCCUCAGUUCAUCCAGGCUAAAUACAAUUCAGCUAACAUCAGUGAUACCUACUACAAACUUGGCUAUCACGACCUAAUUGCCAAAGGGCACAAUGUGCUUGGUGAUGCUAUUCCAAUUACUCUAGCCAAGGCUUCAAGAAACAUCGCUAGUGACUUCAAAUAUAAACAGGCUUAUGAAAAGGCAAGAGGAAAACACGUUGGUUUCAGAAGCCUGCAAGAUGAUCCUAAGCUUGUCCAUUCUAUGCAUGUGGCAAAAAUGCAGUCUGACCGUGAGUACAAGAAAGACUAUGAGAAGAGCAAAACCAGCUACCACACACCAGUGGAGAUGGUCAGUAUCCAGGCUGCGAAGCUGGCUCAGGAUGUCGCCUCUAAUUCCCACUACAAACAUCUGAUCCAUCAUUACACCUGCUUGCCAGAUACCAUGAGUGUUGAGCUGGCAAAGAACAGGAUGCAAAUUCAGAGUGAUAAUGUUUACAAAGAAGACUACAACAGCUGGUUCAGAGGAAUUGGAUGGAAUCCUCUGGGUUCACUAGAUGUGGAAAAAGUUAAAAAAGCUGGAGUGGCAUUAGAUGAACAUAAAUAUCGUCAACACCCAGACACCUUCAGGUUCACAAGCCUGCCAGAUUCAAUGCCAAUGGUUUUGGCUAAGCAGAACACCAAGCAGCUAAGUGAUAUAAACUAUAAAGUGGAGGGCGAGAAAGUGAAACACGUUUAUCACUUGGAUCCUGAUCUUCCUCAGUUUAUUCAAGCCAAAGUCAAUGCUUAUAAUAUAAGCGAUGGUUAUUACAAAGCAGACUGGAAGAAGCUGAUUGCCAAGGGGUAUGACAUGAAGCCAGAUGCCAUUUCUGUAAUUGCAGCAAAAUCUUCACGAAACAUUGCCAGCGAUUACAAGUACAAGCAAGCCUAUGAGAAAGAUAAAGGAAAACAAAUUGGAUUCCGUAGUAUACAAGAUGAUCCUAAACUGGUCCAUUAUAUGAACGUGGCCAAACUACAAUCUGAUCGCUUAUAUAAGAAGGAUUAUGAAAGCAGCAAGACUAAAUAUCACACCCCUUUCGACAUGUUCAGUGUGAUAGCUGCCAAGAAAGCCCAAGAAGUCGUGACUAAUACAAACUACAGACAAUCUUUACAUAAUUACACUCUUUUGCCUGAUGCCAUGAGUGUGGAAUUGUCAAGGAACAGAAUGCAGAUUCAGAGUGAUAAUCUUUACAGAGCUGAUUUCAGUAACUGGCUGAGAGGAAUUGGUUGGGUGCCAAUUCAGUCUCUUGAAGUAGAGAAAGCAAAGAAGGCCACUGACAUUCUUUGUGAAAAGAAAUAUCGUCAGCAUCCAGAAAAGUUGAAAUACACCAUUGACAUGGAUUCCAUGGAGCAGGUGCUUGCUAAACAAAAUGCCACUAUCAUGAAUAAGAGGCUGUAUAUUGACAAAUGGAACAAAGACAAGACCGAGAUUCAUGUGAUGCCUGACACACCUGAAAUUCUCUUGUCCAAAGCCAACCAAGUCACCAUGAGCAAUAAACUCUACAAGGCUGGAUGGGAAGAAGAUAAGAAGAAAGGUUAUGAUCUGAGGCCAGAUGCUAUUUCAAUAAAAGCAGCCAAAGCUUCAAGGGACAUUGCAAGUGAUUAUAAAUACAAACUGGCCUUUGAGCAGGCAAAGGGAAAGCACAUUGGGUUCCGGAGUCUCGAAGAUGACCCUAAGCUGGUACAUUUUAUGCAAGUUGCUAAAAUGCAAUCGGAGCGUGAAUACAAAAAAGACUAUGAGAAGUCAAAGACCAGGUUCCACACGCCAGUUGACAUGUUCAGCGUCGUGGCAGCCAAGAAAGCGCAGGAGGUGGCGACAGAUGCAAACUACAGGCGCAUUAUUCACACUUACAAUGUCAUGCCUGAUGCCAUGAAUCUUGAGCUGGCCAAAAACAUGAUGCAGAUCCAGAGUAAUAAUCAGUACAAGGCAGACUACGAUGAAUUUAUGAAGGGUGUUGGAUGGAUUCCAUUAGGAUCUCUAGACGCUGAGAAGAAUAAGAAAGCCAUGGAGAUUGUUAGUGACAAAAAGUAUAGGCAACAUCCUGAUAAACUGAAGUACUCUAUCCUGAUGGAUUCUAUGCCCAUGGUCCUGGCAACAAAUAACGCAAAAAUUAUGGAUGAGCACCUAUACAAACAGGCGUGGGAGAAAGACAAGACAAAGAUUCACAUUAUGCCCGACAUUCCUGAGAUUGUUUUGGCAAAAGCAAAUGCAUUUAACAUCAGCAAUAAAAUGUACAAACUUUCCCUAGAGGAGGCAAAGAAGAAGGGAUAUGAUCUCAGAGCUGAUGCAAUUCCCAUUAAAGCUGCUAAAGCUUCUCGAGACAUUGCUAGUGAUUUCAAAUACAAGCUAAGCUACGAAAAGGACAAAGGUAAGCUUGUGGGCUUCCGCAGCCUCCAGGAUGAUCCCAAACUUGUCCAUUAUAUGCAAGUGGCAAAGAUGCAGUCUGACCGCGAGUACAAGAAAGCCUAUGAAAUCAGCAAGACCAAGUACAAUACACCUGCUGAUACUUUCAGUGUCAUGGCGGCCAAGGAAGCACAAGCAAAUAUCACCAACACUAACUACAAAAGGCUCAUCCACAAAUACAUCCUCCUGCCGGAUUCAGUGCAUGUAGAACUGACCAGAAACAUGAAUCGGAUUCAGAGCAAUCACGAAUACAAACAAGACUACAAUGAAUGGUACAAAGGACUUGGUUGGAGCCCAGCAGGGUCACUGGAUGUCGAAAAGUCCAAGAAGUCCACUGAAAUUGCAAGUGACACCAAGUAUCGCCAGCACCCCAGCAUUUUCCCAUUUACAAAGAAGAUGGACUCGAUGGAUUUGGAGCUUGCAAAAUACAAUGCUGGUGUUAUAAAUAAGCAUGCAUACAUACAAGCAUGGGAGAAGGAUAAGACGACAAUUCACGUGAUGCCGGAUACACCUGAUAUUGAGCUGGCUAAAGCGAACAAGUUUAAUUACAGUGAGAAAUUGUAUAAACUUGGUUGGCAAGAAAUGUUAAAGAAAGGCUAUGAUCUCACAGCUGAAGCCAUUUCAGUGAAAGCUGCAAAAGCAUCACGAGACAUUGCUAGUGAGUACAAGUACAAAGAAGGUUACCGCAAGCAACAGGGACAUCACAUUGGAUUCCGCAGCAUGCAAGAUGAUCCCAGACUUGUGCACUGUAUGAAUAUAGCCAAGAUGCAGAGUGAAAGGGAAUACAAGAAGGAUUUCGAGAAGUGGAAGACCAAGGUUAAUUUGCCUGUGGAUAUGCUGGCUUUCUUGAUGGCAAAGAAUUGUCAGAACUUGGUUAGCGAUGCGGACUACAGACGGAUUGUUCACCAAUGGACUUGUUUGCCAGACCAAACAGAUGUCAUUCAUGCUAAGAAAGUUUAUGAACUACAAAGUGAUAAUGCAUACAAAGCAGAUCUUCAGUGGCUACAAGGAAUUGGAUGGAACGCAUAUGGAUCUUUAGAAUCAGAAAAGAACAAGAAAGCUUCAGAGAUUAUAAGUGAGCGGAAAUAUCGUCAACAUCCGGACACUGUUAAAUUCACAAGUGUUGCUGAUUCAAUGGAGGUGGUUUUGGCGAAAGAAAAUGCCAAGCAUAGAAGUGAUAAACUUUAUAGAGAAGCUUGGGACAAGGAUAAGACUCAAAUCCACAUCAUGCCGGACACUCCUGAAAUUGUUUUGGCCAGAGCCAACUUACUUAACACAAGUGAUAAACUCUACAAGUUAGGAUUAGAGGAACUGAAAAAGAAAGGCUACAAUCUUCCUAUUGAUGCCAUACCAAUCACAGCAGCAAAAGCAUCUCGAGAUAUUGCCAGUGAAUACAAAUACAAAGUUGGGUAUCGCAAGCAGCUUGGCCACCAUAUUGGAGCUCGCAGCAUACAAGAUGACCCUAAACUUGUGCAUUCAAUGAAUGUAGCCAAGAUGCAGAGUGAGAGAGAAUACAAGAAGGAUUUUGAGAAAUGGAAGACCAAGUACAACAGUCCUGUGGAUAUGCUUGGCGUCUUAUUGGCCAAGAACUGUCAGAAACUAGUUAGUGAUGUGGAUUAUCGCAAUCGCCUACACCAGUGGACUUGUCUUCCAGACCAGAAUGAUGUUGUGCAUGCCAGGAAAAUAUAUGAUCUUCAAAGUGAUAAUAUGUACAAAGCAGAUCUGGAAUGGCUGAAAGGCAUCGGCUGGUCUCCAAGUGGUUCUCUGGAAGCUGAGAAGAAUAAGAGAGCCUCCCAAAUCUUGAGCGACUACACGUACCGGCAACAUCCUGGCCAAUUCAAAUUUACAACUCCUCUUGAUUCUAUGCCUAUGGCUUUGGCAAAGCAUAACUCUGAAAUUAUGAACCAACGCAUGUAUGUUGACGCCUGGAAUAAAGAUAAAACCAGCAUCCACAUUAUGCCAGAUACGCCUGAAAUUAUACUGUCGCAGCAAAACAAAAUCAACUACAGUGAGAAAUUAUACAAACUGUCAUUGGAGGAGGCCAGGCAGAAGGGCUAUGAUCUCCGUCUGGAUGCGAUCCCAAUCAAGGCUGCUAAAGCUUCUAGAGAUAUUGCAAGCGAUUACAAAUACAAAGUUGGGUAUCGCAAACAGCUUGGUCACCAUGUGGGAGCUCGAAGCAUACAAGAUGACCCUAAACUUGUGCAUUCAAUGAAUGUAGCCAAGAUGCAGAGUGAGAGGGAAUACAAGAAAGAUUUUGAGAAAUCGAAAACCAAGUAUACUACUCCUGUGGAUAUGCUUGGCAUCCUAUUGGCCAAGAACUGUCAGAAACUAGUUAGUGAUGUGGAUUAUCGCAAUCGCCUACACCAGUGGACUUGUCUUCCAGACCAGAAUGAUGUUGUGCAUGCCAGGAAAAUAUAUGAUCUUCAAAGUGAUAAUUACUACAAACUUGACCUUCAGUGGUUGAAAGGAGUUGGCUGGGUUCCUAUUGGCUCAUUGGACGUCGAAAAAGCCAAAAAAGCUGGAGAGAUCCUAAGUGAAAAGAAAUAUCGUCAGCCCCCAGACACAAUCAAAUUUACUAGUGUGACAGAUUCUCUAGAAAUAGUCUUGGCCAAGCAAAAUGCAGAAACAAUGAAUAAGCGUUUGUACACUGAAGCAUGGGAUAAAGACAAGACUCAAAUCCACAUAAUGCCUGACACCCCUGAAAUCACUUUGGCCAGAGAAAAUAAGAUCAAUUAUAGUGAGAGUUUAUAUAAGCGUUCACUGGAAGAAGCAAGGAAGAAGGGCUAUGAUUUGCGACUUGAUGCCAUUCCAAUCCAAGCUGCCAAAGCAUCAAGAAAUAUUGCCAGUGAUUACAGAUACAAAGAAGGUUAUCGCAAGCAGCUUGGUCAUCAUGUGGGCGCGCGCAGCGUACAGGAUGAUCCUAAACUUGUGCAUUCUAUGAAUGUAGCCAAGAUGCAGAGUGAGAGGGAAUACAAGAAAGAUUUUGAGAAAUGGAAGACCAAGGUUAAUUUGCCUGUGGAUAUGCUCGGUAUCUUAUUGGCUAAGAACUGUCAGAAACUGGUCAGUGAUAUUGACUACCACCGUUACCUGCACCAGUGGACAUGUCUGCCAGAUCAGAAUGAUGUCAUUCAAGCUAGGAAGGCCUACGAUCUACAGAGCGAUAAUUACUACAAGCUAGACCUUCAGUGGAUGAAGGGCAUUGGCUGGGUCCCCAUUGGUUCAUUGGAUGUUGAAAAAGCCAAAAAAGCUGGAGAGAUCCUAAGUGAAAAGAAAUAUCGUCAGCCACCAGACAGCAUCAAAUUUACUAGUGUGCCAGAUUCUCUAGAAGUAGUCUUGGCCAAGCAAAAUGCAGAAACAAUGAAUAAGCGCCUGUAUACUGAAGCUUGGGAUAUUGACAAAAGAACAAUUCAUGUGAUGCCUGAUACUCCUGAAAUCAUGCUAGCAAAAUUCAAUAAACUAAACUACAGUGAGAAAUUAUACAAACUGGCUAUGGAGGAAUCAAAGAAGAAAGGCUAUGACCUGCGUGUUGAUGCCAUUCCAAUUCAGGCUGCCAAAGCAUCUAGGAAUAUUGCCAGUGAUUACAAAUACAAAGAAGGUUAUCGCAAGCAGCUUGGUCACCAUGUGGGAGCUCGAAGCGUACAGGAUGAUCCUAAAAUUGUGCAUUCCAUGAAUGUAGCCAAGAUGCAGAGUGAGAGGGAAUACAAGAAAAAUUUUGAGAAAUCGAAAACCAAGUAUACCACUCCUGUGGAUAUGCUCGGUGUCUUAUUGGCUAAGAACUGUCAGAAACUGGUCAGUGAUGUUGACUAUCGCAAUCGCCUGCACCAGUGGACAUGUCUGCCAGAUCAGAAUGAUGUCAUUCAAGCGAGAAAGGCCUAUGAUCUACAGAGUGAUGCUGUUUACAAGUCGGAUAUGGAAUGGCUGAAAGGUAUUGGAUGGGUUCCUGUUGGGUCUCUGGAAGUUGAGAAAGUGAAGAAAGCUGGUGAAAUCCUAAGUGACAGGAAAUACAGACAACCACCUGAUAAAGUCAAGUUUACCAGCGUAACAGAUUCUUUGGAAAUAGAGUUGGCAAAACAUAAUGCUGAGACAAUGAAUAAGAGGUUAUACACUGAAGCCUGGGAUAAAGACAAAACUACCAUUCACGUAAUGCCGGAUACCCCAGAGAUUCUGCUGGCAAAGGCCAAUUCAGCCAACAUUAGCCAUAGACUUUACAUUGAAGGUUGGGAAGAGACCAAGAAGAAAGGCUAUGACCUGAGACCUGAUGCCAUUUCAAUUACUGCUGCAAAGAUGUCCAGAGAGAUAGCUAGUGAUUAUAAAUACAAACAAGCCUAUGAGAAGCAGAGGGGACACUACAUUGGUGUAAAAAGUCUUCAAGAAGAUCCCAAGCUGGUGUGGUUCUUACAUGCAGCCAGGAUUCAGAAUGAUAGAGAGUACAAAAAGGACUUUGAAAAAUGGAAGACGAAGAUCCAUAGUCCAGUUGACAUGCUGUCAAUCUUGCUGGCUAAGAAUUGUCAGAAGUUGGUCAGUGAUGUUGAUUACCGGCGUCACCUGCAUGAAUGGACUUGCCUGCCAGACCAGAAUGAUGUAAUUCACGCAAAGAAGGUUUAUGAGUUGCAAAGUGAGAAUGCAUACAAGGCAGACCUGGAGUGGCUGCGUGGUAUUGGCUGGAUGCCAGAGGGCUCCGUGGAAGUUGUCAAAGUGAAGAAAGCCCAAGAAAUUCUCAAUGACAGACUGUAUCGUCAACGACCAGACUCUAUAAAAUUUACUGCGAUUGUGGACUCACCAGAAAUAGUCUUGGCUAAGUCCAAUGCUUUGCUUAACAGCGGGUCUUUGUAUCGUGAACUCUGGGAUAAAGAAAAGACGCAAUUCACCCUUCCAGUUGAUACACCUGAGAUGGUACUAUCCAAAAUGAAUUCUGUGAACAUCAGCAAAAAGCAGUAUGAAUCAGGUUGGGAAGAAGCCAAGAAGAAAGGCUAUGACUUAAGACUGGAUGCCAUUCCAAUACGGCAGGCCAAGGCUUCUAGAAAUAUUGCCAGUGAGUACAAGUACAAAGAAGGCUACCGUAAGCAACUUGGACACCAUGUGGGUUGCCGAAACAUCUAUGAUGACCCCAAGCUGGUCCUGGCGAUUCAUGUAGCUAAACUACAAAGUGACCGGGUGUACAAGAAGGAGUUUGAGAAAUGGAAGACCAAGUUCAAUAGCCCAGUGGACAUGCUGUCCAUCUUGUUGGCCAAGAACUGUCAGAAACUGGUCAGUGACAUUGAUUACCGCCGCUAUCUGCAUGAAUGGACAUGUCUGCCUGACCAGAAUGAUGUCAUUCAAGCCAAGAAAGCGUAUGAGCUACAGAGCGAUAAUGCUUAUAAAGCAGACUUGGAGUGGCUACGUGGUGUUGGCUGGAUGCCAGAGGGCUCUGUGGAAGUGCUCAAAGUGAAAAAAGCUCAAGAAAUUCUGAAUGACAGAUUAUAUAAGCAACGUCCAGACACACUGAAGUUUACCAGUAUUGUUGACCCACCUCCCAUUGUCUUGGCUAAGAUCAAUGCCGAACAAAUCAGUGAGCAUCUGUAUCGUGAAGCCUGGGAUAAAGACAAGACACAGUUCCAUCUUCCUGCCGAUACCCCUGGAAUGCUGCUGUCUAAGAUGAAUUCUGUGAAUAUCAGCAAUAAAUGUUAUACGGGAGCCUGGGAUAAAGCCAAAGUGAAAGGUUAUGACAUAAAAGCUGACACCAUUUCAAUCAAGCAAGCUAGAGCUUCCAGAGAUAUUGCCAGCGAGUACAAGUACAAAGAAGCAUUUGAAAAACUGAAAGGUCACUACAUUGGAAGCCCUUCAGUAGCUGCGGAUCCCAAACUAACGUGGGCUGCUAAAGUUCUGAAGAUGCAAAAUGAUAGAGAGUAUAAGAAGGGUUACAACAGUUCAAAAGCCAAGAUCACUAUACCAGUUGAUAUGGUUGCUAUCCAAGCAGCCAAGCAAGGCCAGGCUAUAGUAAGCGAGGUGGAAUACCGUCGUCGUUUGCACCAGUGGUCUUGUCUGCCAGACCAGAAUGAUGUGAUCCAGGCGAGGAAGGCCUAUGAAUUACAGAGUGAUGCUGUUUAUAAGUCAGAUCUGGAGUGGCUCCGGGGUAUUGGAUGGGUACCACACGAGUCUGUGGACGUAAAGAGAGUGAAAGCUGCCCAGGAUAUCCUGAGUGAAAGACUGUACCGCACACCUCCUGACCGUCUGAAAUACACCAACAUCGUUGACAGUCCGGAAAUCGUCCUUGCUAAAAUCAAUGCCGAGCAACUCAGCCUUGCUAAAUACAGAGAAGUCUGGGAUAAAGAUAAAACCAUGAUCCAUGUGAUGCCAGACACACCUGAAAUCAUGCUGUCCAGAGCUAAUGCUGUCAACGUGAGCCAUAAACUUUACAAGGAAGCUUGGGAUGACAUAAAGAAAUUUAUUGAUCUGAGAGCAGAUGCCAUCCCAAUCAAGACAGCCAGAGCCUCAAGAGAAAUUGCCAGUGAUUACAAGUACAAAGAAGGCUACCGUAAGCAACUUGGACACCACGUGGGUUGCCGAAACAUCUAUGAUGACCCCAAGCUGGUCCUGGCGAUUCACGUAGCUAAACUGCAAAGUGACCGGGUGUACAAGAAGGAGUUUGAGAAAUGGAAGACCAAGUUCAAUAGCCCAGUGGACAUGUUGUCCAUCUUGUUGGCCAAGAACUGUCAGAAACUGGUCAGUGACAUUGAUUACCGCCGCUAUCUGCAUGAAUGGACAUGUCUGCCUGACCAGAAUGAUGUCAUUCAAGCCAAGAAAGCGUAUGAGCUACAGAGCGAUGCUGUUUAUAAAUCGGAUCUGGAAUGGCUACGUGGAGUUGGCUGGAUGCCAAAUGACUCUAUUGUGGUCAACCAUGUUAAAAAUGCUCAGGAUAUUUUGAGUGAGAGGAAGUAUCGUGUAAAAGUUGAUAGUCAGAAAUUUACCCCAGUGCAAGACCGGGUUGAUUAUAUCACAGCCAAGCAAAGUGGAGAAAUACUAAGUGAUAUUAAGUACCACCAAGAAUGGAAUAACAUCAAAACAAAUUAUACUCUAACGGAGACACCACAGUUAGAAGCAGCUAAAGAAGCAGCCAGGAUUCUUAAUCAUAAUCUGUACAAGCAGAACUGGGAGAAGCAGAAAGCUACAGGUUACUUUUUGCCUCCUGACAGUGUGCCUAUUGUUCAUGCUAAACAUUCAAAUGUUGUCCAAAGUGAGGUAAAAUACAAGGCAGACUAUGUCAAGCAAAGAGGUCACUAUGUUGGAGUCCAGAACAUGAGACAGGAUCCCAAACUUGUGUGGUUUGACCAUGCCGGGAAGAUCCAAAAUGACAGAUUGUAUAAACAGGCCUAUAACAAGACAAAAUCCAAGAUCCACAUACCUCCAGAUAUACUUUCUGUCAUUGCAGCCAAAGACUGUCAGAAAGUAGUCAGUGAAAUUCCAUAUCGUACUUACCUUCACGAAUGGACAUGUCACCCUGACCAGAAUGACUGCAUCCAAGCAAGGAAAGCAUAUGACCUUCAAAGCGAUAGUAUUUAUAAAUCUGAUCUGGAGUGGAUCCGUGGCUGUGGGUGGAUUCCUUUAGAUUCUGUGGAACAUCGGAAAGUUAGGAAUGCUCAAGAUCUGAUCAACAAGAGACUCUACACAAAAGAUGCUAUACACAAUUUUAAAAAAUUCACGGCUGUGACUGAUGCUCCAGAAGUUGUUUUGGCUAAGGCAAAUGCAAUAAAUCAGAGUGAUUUGAAAUACAAAGAAACCUUUAACCUGGAGAAAGGCCACUACAUUGGUUCUGAGGACACUCUAGCCUUGACCCAUUCUAGAGACGUGUCUAAGCUUUACAGCGAUAUACUUUACAAGGAUUCUUGGGAAUCAGGCAAGGCCCUUGGGUACACUCUGCCUCCGGACUACAUCCCUAUUGUCGGGGCCAAACAUGCUAACUAUGUUAAUAGCGAGCUUAAAUAUAAAUUGGAGCAUGAGAAGCAAAAAGGCCAUUAUCUGGCUGGGACACAAAUAAAUGAUUUUCCAAGUGUUGUCCAUUCUCUUGGUUUCCAAAAAAUAAGAAGUGCGUUGCUCUAUAGGAAGAACUAUGAGGACAACAAGGCACACGUUCAUAUUCCAAGUGACAUGAUCAAUCAUGUGCUGGCAAAGAAAUGCCAAUAUAUCCUCAGUGAUCUUGAGUACCGAACGCAUCUGCACCAGUGGAACUGUUCACCUGAAGAGCAUGAUGUUAUCAUGGCUAGAAGAGCCCAGGAAAUUCUAAGUGAUGUUCUAUACAAGGAUGACUUAACAUGGUUGAAGGGAAUUGGAUGCUAUGUAUGGGACACUCCUGAAAUCCUCCAUGCUAAGAAGUCUUAUGAUCUCCAGAGUCAAAUAAAGUACACAAAAGCAGGAAUAGAUAAUUUCAAGAAUUAUGGUGUGGUUCUUGACACCCCAGUUUAUCUAACUGCACUCCAAAGUGGUAUCAAUUCUAGUGAUCUCAAAUAUAAAGAAGACUACCAUAAAACAAAGGACCAAUAUACUACAGUACUGGAAACAGUAGACCAUGACAGGAUUCAGAACCUGAAGCACCUUUAUAGCCAGAACCUGUACAAGGAAGCCUGGGAAAAAGCGAAGCCUGUUGGCUUUACAUUGCCUCCUGAUGCCGUGCCGUUUGUUCGUGCCAAAGAACUGAAGCAUAACGCUAGUAUUGUAAAGUAUCGGGAGGAAUAUGAUAAGUUCAAAGCACUUUACACUCUUCCAAGAGGAGUUCAAGAUGAUCCAAAUACUGCAAGAUGCCUAAGAGUUGGCAAGCUGAAUCUUGAUCGGUUAUACAGAGAAACGUAUGAAAAGAACAAGGCCAAAAUCAACAUUGUCCCAGACAUGGUUGACAUUGUGUCUGCUAAGGACACUCAGAAGAAAGUUAGUGAAAUUGAUUAUCGUCUCCGUCUCCAUGAGUGGGCCAACAUUGCAGAUCCUCAUGCCCAUGCUCAUGCUCGAAAAGUCAAUGACCAGCUUAGUGAUAUUGCGUAUAAAGAUGACCUCAAUUGGCUCAAAGGCAUAGGGUGCUUUGUUUGGGACACUCCUGAAAUUCUCCAUGCCAAACAUGCCUAUGAUCUUCGCAAUGAUAUCAAAUACAAAUCAAAGGCUGAGAAACAGAAGAGUCAAUUCACUGUGGUCACAGACACACCACUCUAUGUUCAGAAUGUCCUGAGUGGUAUCAAUUUGAGUGAUGCCGUUUAUCGCCAUGACUAUAUUCGUAAUAUUAGAGGGACAUAUACUCCUGUGGAUAAGACAGUAGAUUUGGAACGAGCAAAUAAUGCAUACAAAAUACAAUGUGAAGGUCUCUACCGAAAGGCUGGUUUACAUGCACUUCCCACUGGAUAUACACUCCCUGCUGACACACCUGGUUUCAAGCAUGCUAAACACGCCCAUCACAUUGGUAGUGAUCUGAAAUAUAAGGAAGUCUAUGAACAUAUCAAGGCUAAAGGCUACAAUUUUGGACCCAAAGCUGUUCCUUUUGUAAAUAUAAGGAAAGUCAAUAAGGUCCUCAACGAGAGACUGUAUCGGGAGACAUACCACAAAAAUAAGGACAAAAUUCAUACCACACCUGAUACGCCAGAAAUCCGCCAAGUGAAAGCUACUCAAGAAGCUGUCAGUGAUUUGAUCUACAAAACUGACUUCUUCAAGAUGCAGGGACAUUUGAUUUCCCUUCCAUAUACUCCUCAAACAGUGCAUAGUCGUUAUGUUGGAGAAAUUACAAGUGAUAUUAAAUACAAAGCGGACUUGGAAUGGCUGAAAGGACUGGGCUGCUUCCUGUAUGAUACUCCUGAUAUGAUCCGUGCUCGGCACUUGCGUAAUCUCUGGUCACACUAUGUGUACACCAACUCUGCAAAGAAGCUGCACGACAGAUACAAAGUGGUUCUGGACACUCCUGUUUAUAGGACUAUCCAAGAGCUCAAGACCCAUUUGAGUGAUAUUGUGUACCGAGCUGUAGGCAAUGAGCAAAAGACCAAGUACACCUCUAUCCUGGAUACACCAGAUUUCCACAGGGCCAAAACAGGGCAAAAACUACAGAGCAAAUAUUUGUAUGUAAAACUUGCUACCAAAGAAAGACCUCAUCAUCAUGCUGGAGAUCAGACACCUGCCUUGCAGCUUGCUAAGCAGGUGAAAGACUAUCCCAGUGAGAAAAAAUAUAGAAGCAAUUAUGAGAAAUUGAAGCACAAGUAUGUAACAGUCCCUGACACACCAAUGCUCAUCAGAGCUAAGAAGGCUUACCUGAAUGCUAGUGAUCUGCGCUACAAAGAGACAUUUGAACAAGCCAAGGGUAAAUACCACACUGUGAAAGAUGCCUUGGAUAUUGUAUAUCAUCGGAAGGUCACAGAUGAUAUCAGCAAGGUGAAAUAUAAAGAAAAGUACAUGAGCCAAUUAGGAAUUUGGAGAUCGAUCCCAGAUCGUCCGGACCACUUCCAUCAUCGCGCUGUUACCGAUGCAGUCAGUGAUGUUAAAUAUAAGGAAGACUUAGCAUGGCUCAAAGGCAUUGGUUGUUAUGCCUGGGAUACACCAGAUCUUAUGCUGGCUGGACAGAACAAGGCACUGUACAGUCCGUAUAAGUACAAGGAAUCAUUUGAAAAGAUAAAGUCAAAGUUCAAGUAUGUUGCUGAUACUCCAAUUAAUAAACAUUUUAAGUAUGCUACUCAGCUAAUGAAUGAGAAACUGUACAAAUCUGAUUAUGAGAAGAAGAAAUCUAAGUAUUCCAUUGUGGUGGAUGACCCUAGAACUUUGCUGGCCAAAUUGGGAGGCGAACUAAGCAGUCAGUACAAAUACAAAAGGUUAUAUGAAAAGCAGAAGGACAAGUUUACAAGUGUUGUGGAUACUCCAGAGCAUCUAAGGACAACGAAAGUCAACAAGCAAAUCAGUGAUAUCAUUUACAAGAUGGAACAUGUCAAGGCCAGAGCAAAAGGAUAUACCACAAUCCAUGACACUCCCAUGUUGCUCCAUGUACGCAAAGUCAAGGACAGAAUAAGUGAUCUGAAAUACAAGGAACUCUAUCAGCAGAAUAAGUCCCAUUGCAACGUGAUACCAGAUGCAGUUCACAUAAAGGCUGCCAAAGACGCCUACAAAGUCAACAGCAAUCUGGAUUACAAGAAGAAAUACGAAGCGACCAAGGCUCACUGGCUCUGGACUGUGGACAGACCUGACUUCAUCCAAAAUGCCAAAACAUCUUUGCAGCAGAGUGAUUAUGACUACAAAUACGACCGAGAAUACUUUAAAGGAUGCAAGAUCUCUGUAACAGAUGACAAAUACACAGUGUUGGCUUUACAGAAUGCCAUCUUGGCAAGUGAUCUAAAAUAUAAGGAGAAGCAUAACAAGGAAAGAGGAACUAUCCAUCCUGUUCCAGAUACUCCUCAGAUUCUCCUUGCAAAAACUGUUAGCUCUCUCGUGUCUGAGAACAAAUAUAAAGAACAUGUGAAGAAGCUCCUUCCACAUGGCUCUUACACAAAAUUGCCAGAGACACGUGAUACUGUUCAUGUCAAAGAAGUAACCAAGAAUGUCAGUGAGACAAAUUACAAAAAGAAGUUUCAGAAAGAGAAAGGCAAGUCCAACUAUUCAAUCAUGCUGGAGCCUCCUGAAGUAAAGCACGCAAUGGAAGUUUCAAAGAACCAGAGUAAUAUUCAGUACAAAAAAGAUGCGAAAUCCAAACUUCAUUAUACAUCUGUGGCAGACCGACCAGAUAUUAUGAAAGCUUCCCAAGUCUCCAAGCUGGUCAGUGAUAUUCAGUACAAAGCAAAGGCCCGAGGAGAAGCUGCUAUGGGAGUCAGCAUGCUUGGACGUCCUGAUAUCGAACUUGCUAAGGAGGUGUCCAAACUUACAAGCCAGGUUGAAUACAUCAAAGGACACUUGCGGGGGCAUGGUGCUGCAUCUUAUGAUACACCCAUGAUGAGACAUUUUAAGAAAGCUAAUGUCCUAAGUAGUCAUCUGAAGUACAAAGAGUCCUUUGAGAAGGAGAAGGGAAAGAAGCCUGAAUAUGACCUGAAGAAGAGCAAGAUUUACAAGACCCUACAAGAUGCUCAUCACAUUGCUAGUGAGGUUAAAUAUAAGGCAGACCUGAAGAAACUUCACAAGCCGGUGACAGAUAUGUCUGAAUCCCUCUCGAUGAAUCAUGUCCUGAACACCAGCCCGCUUGCCAGUUCCUAUCAGUACAAGAAGCAGUAUGAGAAGAGUAAGGGUCACUACCACGUGGUUCCAGAUAACCUUGAACAGCUCCAUCUAAAGGAGGCCUCAGAACUUCAGAGCCAAGUGAAAUAUAAGGAAAAAUAUGAAAAGGAAAGAGGGAAGCCUAUGCUGGAUUUUGAAACACCAACAUACCUCACUGCCAAGGAAGCUCAGCACAUGCAGAGUGAAAAAGAAUAUAAAAAAGACUUUGAAGAGUCCAUUAAAGGCAGAAACCUUGCUGGUCUGGAGGUCACACCAUCUUUAUUGCAUGUCAGAUAUGCCACCAAAAUAGCAAGCGAGAAAGAAUACAGGAGAGAUUUGGAAGAAGGUGUCAGAGGUAAAGGCCUAACUAUUUUGGAAGAGACACCAGAUUUACUCAGAGCAAAGAAUGCAACCCAAAUCUUGAAUGAGAAAGAAUACAAGAAAUCUCUGGAACUCGAAAUUAAAGGAAGAGGCCUAACAUCUCUUGCACUGGAAACACCAGAUUUUAUGAGAGCAAAGAAUGCCAUGGAUAUUGCUAGCCAGAUUAAAUAUAAGCAAUCUGCAGAAAUGGAAAAAGCCAACUAUACCACUGUUGUUGAUACUCCAGAGAUCAUUCAUGCCAAUCAAGUGAAAAACCUUUCCAGUCAGAAAAAGUACAAAGAAGAGGCAGAGAGAACCAUGUCAUAUUAUGUGCCUGUCUUUGACACACCAGAAAUGCAGAGAGUCCGGGAGAACCAAAAGAACUUUAGCAUGCUUCAAUAUCAGCAAGAUAUGCAGCACAGCAAAGGAAAAGUCACCGUGGUGAAUGAAACGCCAGAAAUACUGCGAGUUAAAGAAAACCAGAAGAACUUCAGCUCGAUUUUAUAUAAAGAAGAUAUUGGAACAGGAACAGCUAUCGAAAAGACGCCUGAGAUGCAGAGAAUAAAACAAACCCAGGAUGCAAUAAGCACGAUUAAGUACAAGGAAAACAUUGGAAAAGGAACUCCGAUUCCUGAUCUUCCUGAAGUAAAACGUGUCAAGGAGACACAGAAGCACAUCAGCUCGGUCUUGUACAAAGAGAAUACAGGUCAAGGAAUCCCGAUACCUGUUACUCCAGAAAUAGAGAGAGUCAAACGCAAUCAAGAAAAUAUUAGCUUGGUGGCAUACAAAGAGAAUGUGGGGACAGGAACGGCAACUCCUGUUACCCCAGAAAUGGAGAGAGUCAAGCGCAAUCAGGAGAACGUUAGCUUGGUGUUGUACAAAGAGAAUUUAGGGACUGGAAUUCCUACACCUGUUACUCCAGAGAUGGAGAGAGUCAAACGCAAUCAAGAAAACUUUAGCUCGGUCCUAUACAAAGAAAGCCUAGGAACAGGAAUCCCAACCCCUGUCACUCCAGAGAUGGAGAGAGUCAAACAAAACCAAGAAAUCUUUAGCUCGGUACUGUACAAAGAAAAUGUAGGGAAAGCCACCCCCACACCCGUCACUCCAGAGAUGGAGAGAGUCAAACGCAAUCAAGAACACAUUAGCUCGGUUUUGUACAAAGAGGAGUUGGGGAAAGGUACCCCUACACCCAUCACUCCUGAGAUGGAGAGAGUCAAACGCAAUCAAGAACAUAUUAGCUCGGUUUUGUACAAAGAGGAAUUGGGGAAAGGUACCCCAACACCUGUCACUCCUGAGAUGGAGAGAGUCAAACGCAAUCAAGAAAACAUUAGCUCGGUUUUGUAUAAAGAGGGACUGGGGAAAGGUACCCCUACACCUGUCACUCCUGAGAUGGAGAGAGUCAAACGCAAUCAAGAACAUAUUAGCUCGGUUUUGUACAAAGAGGGAUUGGGGAAAGGUACCCCCACACCUGUCACUCCCGAGAUGGAGAGAGUCAAACGCAAUCAAGAACAUAUUAGCUCGGUUUUGUACAAAGAGGGACUGGGGAAAGGUACUCCUACACCUGUCACUCCUGAGAUGGAGAGAGUCAAACGCAAUCAAGAGCACAUUAGCUCGGUUUUAUAUAAAGAGAAUUUGGGGCAAGCAACCCCGACUCCUGUCACUCCAGAGAUGGAAAGAGCCAAACGCAAUCAAGAAAACAUUAGCUUGGUGUUGUACAAAGAGAACUUGGCAAAAGGAACUCCAACAUCUAUCACUCCAGAGAUGGAGAGAGCUAAACGCAAUCAAGAAAACAUUAGCUCGGUCCUGUAUUCUGAUAGCUUCCGGAAACAAGUACAAGGUAAAGCAGCUUUUGUCCUGGAUACCCCCGAAAUGAGGCGUGUUCGUGAGACCCAACGGCAUAUUUCCACAGUGAAAUACCAUGAAGACUUUGAAAAGAGCAAAGGCAGCUUUACCCCUGUGGUUACUGAUCCCAUAACAGAGCGGGUAAAGAAGAACAUGCAUGAUUUCAGUGAUAUCAGCUAUAGGGGCAUUCAGAGGAAAGUAGUGGAAAUAGAACGGAAAAGGGUGGAGCAGGAUCAAGAGCUGAACAACCUCACAGAUCUUCGUGUGUGGCGAACUAAUCCCGGAUCGGUCUUUGAUUAUGACCCAGCAGAAGACAACAUUCAGUCUAGAAGCUUACAUUUGAUUACUGUUCAAGCCCAACGACGCAGCCGAGAGCAAUCACGUUCUGCUAGUGCGCUAAGUCUCAGUGCUGGAGAUGAAAAAUCGGAGCCUUCAGAAAAUGCUGACCAGCAUCUGUCCUAUUACAGCAAUGGAGGCUUCUUUACCACAACUACAACAGUGGGUUACAAACAAGCUAAAACUGUAGAGUUGCCACAACAACGGUCAUCUUCUGUUGCCACACAGCAGACAACAGUAUCUUCCAUCCCAUCUCAGCCAUCUACUGCAGGGAAGACAUACCGCGCCAUGUAUGAUUACAUGGCAGCAGAUGCAGAUGAAGUAUCCUUCAAAGAUGGUGAUGCAAUCGUGAACGUCCAAGCCAUUGAUGAAGGGUGGAUGUAUGGGACUGUGCAAAGAACUGGAAAAACAGGCAUGCUUCCAGCCAACUAUGUCGAAGCAGUGUAAGCCAAGAAGAGGGGGCUUUCCAUAAAGCAUAUCUACGUGGACGAUAAAAAGGCACUUCCAGCACUCAUCUGAGUGCCUUAUUGUUUUCCUUCGUGGAUUUGCAUUAGGCAUUGCCCGUCAGGGAAAGAUUGCAGCAAACAUCUCCAGAAGAUCUAAAUUAAGAUUCUAAUCAGAAUAACCAUUAGAAAGUGUCAGUCUACUAACAUCACUACAGAACCUUGAAUAUCUGGACUUGCAUAUUCAAACCUAAAAGAGCUCUUGUUUAAGUCUCAGUUCCCAGAAAUUAUCUCUCCUUCUUUAGAAUCAAGCUGAAUUUCCACAUUUUUGUAAUGAAACAUCUGUGUUGACUUUAAUGGUUUUCUGAUCAAGAGAUGUAGUGUUUUCCUGUGGUAUUAUAAAAAUAGCUGAUUGUAUUUAUUUCUGUUUCAAGUAAGCAACUAUGUAAAGCGAACACCUCAAACCAGCAGUUGAGACGAAAGAACCUGAAAAAGCCACCCCUCUUGUUUGCAGAACGCUGAUGCAUGCAUUUUUCAUCUGAGUGUUCUUGAGUCACAGUGCUGUUACUCCUUCUCAGUUAGUGACAAAUAAAUUUCAUUCAGCAACCUGA